AUGAAAUCUUUCUCAGACCCGUAUUUGGAUGAUUAUUUCAGCUUUGGUGCAAAUGGGAUAGCGGUUGGCAAUUUCCAGAAUCGGCGGGUCAUGUGGCCCAGGAACUUUCAUGCAAGUUGGAAAUGUGAUGUCUGGUAUUGGUUGAUGAUGACUGCAUACCAGUUGCUGUCUUUUGUCAGUUCAAUAAAUAUAUAUAAAGCUAUUGAACGUCUGGUGAUGGAAAUCAUUUCUAAGAAUUUUUAUGAGAAAUCUGUGUCUGAUAUGCACAGUGACAACAGUGCCCGAAAAAUUAUCCAGUCGUGA